GUCAAAAUUUCAGGGAAAACACAUUGAAAUCGGAUCAAUUGUGCAACCUAUUACAUUGAUUAUAGAUUUCGACAGAAGGUAGAUACGACAUGGAUACCAAAAAAGCUGGAGGUUAUGUACAAAAUCCAGAGCAGCCAAACAACCCAUACAAUGCAGGGUACACCCAAACUGCAUACGGACAACAGCAGCCAGUAGGUUAUGGAUCUAUGUCGAGUAACACCUCUACAAAUGUCGUUGUCACCAGUGCCCCUACAUACAUCGUGGUUGCUGCACCAAGAGGAAACGACUGGCUGGUGCCCGCCAUUCUUUCCUGUCUCUGCUGUUUCUGGCCUACUGGGAUCUGUGCUAUCACUGCAGCCGUCAAUGCAAGGGCCCGUUUUGAUGUUGGUGACUACGAAGGUGGGCGAUCCAGUGCCAGCUUGGCUAAAGGGCUGACCUUUACCUCGCUUGGAGUCGGUAUCCUCUCUGCAGUCGUCUUUAUUGUCCUCUACGUUGUCUUGUGGAAAGAAACUGAAAACAAAAUCAAUGGUUAUACAACAAUCACCACACCCCCGUGGAAAUGAAACUAGCCAAAAUGUCCUUACGGGAAAAUUAUCUUGAGUGUUUUAUUUCUUUCUUUUUCUCUUUUUUCUUUCUUUUAUUUUAUUAUUUUUUGGGGGGUCAAUAAUAUCAAAAACACUGUAGUUCUUUUAUUUCAAUUAAUUAUCCUACGAUGAAAAUAAUGCAAAUAUAGUGGUAAACUUGUCAUGCACAAAUUUACGUUCCAUAUCAACAUGAUCGAUAUUCUUUGUUUCCCUUCAUUUGUGGAUUGUAGAUUGCAUUCAUAUUGUUACAUGUUAUCUCCUACUGGUGAAACAGAGGGAACUUAAGGUGUCAUAACAGUACAUGUAUUUCAGUUGAGGUUCAUGUCAAAAAAUGGCUGACGCAAAAUGAUUCCUGAAUCUCCCAUUUUGGAACCUGACUGGAGCUGAAUUUUUAUGCCCCUGGAUCGAAAGAUCCCGGGGGUAUAUUGUUUUUGUCCUGUCUGUCUGUUUAUCUGUUUGUCUGUUUAUCUGUCUGUCUGUUGUCAACUUUAACCUUGCCCAUAACUUUUGAUUGGUUGAAGCUAUGACUUUCAUAUUUCACAUGUGUAUUCCUUGUGACAAGAUCUUUCUUUGGAUACCAUCAUAUUUGACCUUGACCUUGGAGUUUGACCCACUUUUGCAAAAUUUUGUGAGACUUUAACCUUGGCCAUUACUUCUGAACAGUUAGU